AUGCUCCCACUGAGCGAAGACGAUAAGAAGAACCUGGACAUCGUAAAGAAACGGUUCAAAAAGCACUUCCACCCGAAAGUGAACCAUGCCCACGAUAGGUACCGGUUUAAUAAAAUGAAGCAGAAAGAGUGCGAGACUUUCAACGAGUUUCUGACGGUCGCAAGACUCCAAAAAGCCGUGAACCUCUGCAAGGCGAGCGAACAGGCGUCACAGCAGCUCGAAGAAAUCGCAAACAAAGAAACGAAGACUGUCGACGCUGUCACUAAGAAGACAAAGCAGCUACCAAGAAAGAAGACUGUCGCGGAGACAAAACAGCAAGCGCCGACUAAUUCAGGAAGGACAAGAAAAGCAUGCAGCUUCUGUGGAGGAUUUCACAGACCAAAAGAAUGUCCAGCGUACGGCAAGACGUGUAACAAGUGCCAAAAGAAAGGGCACUUCGCUGCAGUGUGCCGAUCAUGCAGAAGUAUGGUGCAAAACAAGGGCCAUGCCAUCGACAACCGCGAAGACCCUGAAGAAGAAAUGUAUGUGUCAGAGCUGAGAACCAAGACAAGCAAGACUGUGUGGCAAGAGGACAUCCAGUUCAAGUGUGGAACUAAAGUUGUCAUGAAACUGGACACAGGAGCGCAAUGCAACGUCCUGCCAAAGAAGAACGUCCAAGCCAUGAGACUACAUGUGUUUCCUUCGCCAGUCAAGAGAACUGGAACAUAUAGCAAUCACAAGAUCCAAGUGAUCGGUGAGGUGAGAGAAACAUGCACUGUCCGUGACCAGCCGGCGAAGCUGAAAUUUCUCGUCGUGAACUCCGACGUGACACUGGUUCUGGGUCAGAACGCAUGCGAGCUCCUCAACUCCGUGAAGAGAGUGCACACAGUCCAAGAAACGCGAGAUGACGACGAAAUAUUUCAGGUCAUCGAUUGCAUCAAGAACUUUGUCUAUGACGCCGAUGUCAAAGAGGAAGCAAGCAAGAAGUUGGAAAACAAGCCACCAAGAAGAGUUCCAUAUGCAUUCAUGGAUGAAGUCAAGCAAGAGCUCACAAGCAUGAAACAGAAAGGAAUCGUCGAAAAAAUCACAAAACCAACUCCAUUAUGUAGUGAAAUGGUUGUUGUGAAGCAGCGAGGGACGGUCAGGAUCUGCAUCGAUCCAGUGGAACUGAACAAAGUUAUCAUAAGACGAAACUAUCCUCUCAAGACUCUGGAAGAAAUUGUUGCGCAUUUGCUGUGGAACACUCACCUGGCCGUUGGGUUGCAGGACAACUCCACAAACACCCUGGUCACGGCGCAGGUCCUCGAGGAACUCGUCGAGAUGGAGGACCGCAAGAAGCGGAUCGACAGACUGGUGGACCACGACGCUCCGGAGAAGAGAAAGCGUUCCCAGGAGCAGGCAGCGGGCGCCAAGAAGAAGAAGGAGGACAACGAAAUCGGCAUCCUCUACGAGUUCCUCGCCAGUGCCACGCAGAAGAUCCAGAGCGCCAAGUGCGAGCGGGAGCAUCUGGACACCAACGACUGCGACGUCAUGUUCCUCCUCUGCCUGAGGGACAACAUCAAGAACCUCGGCGCCCAGAAGAAAGCCCUGGCCAAGAUCAGGAUUCAGCAGAUUCUGUUCGACCUUGAAUUCCCGGACACCUAGAGGAGCAAUGAGGCCAUGGUUUCACCCGUUCUUAAAGCCGCCAUUAGGUUGCUCAUACAGCAUACAAGAGACGCGGAGUUU